AUGAGUCCUAGAGAGUCUGUAACCAUCAAUGACAUACUAGAGAGGAGGGCAAAGGCCGGCAAGCUGGUGGCUGGCACGGCUGCGUCUUCUGAUAGUGAUAUGUUUAAGGCGCCUUCGGUUGGAAAACCCAAGGCAAAGAGAUGGGAUCACCACCUCACUGCAGAGUCCCUCUCUCGACAGCCAUGCAUGCUUAAGCUGGCAGCAAGGCACCUCAAGAAACCAGGUCUCAUCUCCCUCGGCGGCGGUCUCCCCUGUCCAGAGUAUUUUCCCUUUGACAGCCUCAGCAUGAAGGUGCCCGUGGCCCCCAACUUCAGCGAGGCGUCGACCAAAACAACGGGCAAAACCGUCACCAUCGGCAAGCACGACGUCGCCGAGAACCCAGACGCCGUGUAUGACCUUGCCAUCGGGCUCAACUACGGCCAGGCCACGGGGUCCGCCCAGAUGCUGCGCUGGGUCACCGAGCACACCGAGAUGGUCUGCAACCCGCCCUACGCCGACUGGCGGUCUUGCCUGACCGUGGGUAGCACGGGAGCCCUCGAGCAGGCCCUGCGCAUGUUCUGCGACCGCCAGAGGGGCGAUUCCGUGCUGAUGGACGAGUUUGCCUUCUCUACGGCGCUGGAGACGGCCGAGCCGCUGGGCAUCAAGGUGGUCGGCGUCGCCAUCGACCAGGAGGGCCUGCUUCCCGCGUCUAUGGAUGACAUCUUGUCUCACUGGGACCCGAAGGAACACAAUGGCGUGCGCAAGCCGCAUGUGCUCUAUACGGUCCCCUCUGGGCAGAACCCGACGGGGGCGACCAUGGGCACGCAGAGGAGGCGGGACAUCUACGCCGUGUGCCAGAAGCACGACGUCUUCAUCAUCGAGGACGAACCCUACUACUUUUUGCAGAUGGACCCGUACGUGCCAGCAGGCACAGGUUCGUCGCAGCAGGCUAUCUCACCUUCCUAUUCCUCUUCGUCCUCCGCCCCAGAGUCCGUUGACGAGUUCCUCGACUCCCUGAUCCCCUCGCUCCUGAGCAUGGACGUCGACGGACGCGUCCUGCGCAUGGACUCCUUCUCCAAGGUUGUCAUCCCUGGUUCACGCAUGGGCUGGGUGACGGGGUCCGCACAGAUCAUCGAGCGGUACACGCGCCAUGCCGAGGUGGCCAGCCAGGGGCCGGCGGGCCUCUCGCAGGUGGUGCUGUACAAGCUUCUGGACGAGCACUGGGGCCACGAGGGCUACUUUCAGUGGCUGAUGAACCUGCGAGCCGAGUAUACCAAGAGGAGGAAUAUUUUGCUGGGGGCUUGUGAGGAGUUUGUGCCGCGGGAGGUGGUGAGCUGGGAUCCACCGGCGGCGGGAAUGUUUCAAUGGUUCAGGGUUAACUACAGCCUUCACCCCGACGCGGGCAGGCGCAGCAUCCUCGAGAUAGAAGAAGAAAUCUUUGAUCUAUGCAUCGAAAAGGGGGCCCUGGUGGCACGGGGGUCAUGGUUUGCGGCUGACCAUGGCAAGCCCCUGGAGGACCUGUUCUUCCGGGCGACGUUCGCAGCGGCAGCACCGGGGCCGAUGCGGGAGGCUAUUCGGAGGUUUGGCGAGGCUGUCAAGACGAGCUUUCGCAUUUGA